CUCGGCUUGCCUUCUCGAAUAGGAUCGAUGGAGAAUUUUUGCUGGUGCAACGUGAGAAUCAUGGACAUGUUCUGGACUAGUCCUUUUUUAUGCUCUAACAACCAGUGAUCCCACUGACAGGACUCUUCAGUAGUAGUGCCCAUUUGCCCCUCCCACUUCCUCAAAGAAUAUCCCCAGUCUUUGCCUGCGCUUUUGAACUCUGCGAGAAUCUUUUUCUCGUUCAUUUACAAACUCAUCAAUCUUGUCGCCCAUUGGCAUCCUUUUUCAAGUUUUUUCCGUGCCACCCAAAUCCUUCACUAUGAUUAUCUACCGGGAUAUCCUGACUGGUGACGAGAUCGUCUCAGACACCUCCAAAAUCAUCGAUGCCGGAAAUGGCUUGUGGGAGGUUGACGGCCAGAUGAUCAAGAAGGGUGCUGAUAACUUUGUUCUUGAUGGCGCGAAUCCAUCCGCAGAAGGCGAAGACGCUGAUGAAGGUGGCGACGAUGCCGGUGACAACGCCCCCGUUCUCGAUCUGGCGGAUCAAUUCAGACUGCAAAAGCUCGAGGGUGGUAUGUCCAAGAAGUCAUAUCAAUCCGAAUUGAAGAAAUACAUGAAGGCUUUGGUCGAGAAGCUCAAGGAGCUUGGAAAGUCCGAGGAAGAGAUCAAGAAGUUCCAGUCAGAGGCACCAGCAGCAGCCAAGAAGAUUCUUGGUAACUGGGAAAACUACGACAUCUACCAAGGAGAGUCCAUGGCUGAGAACGGCAUGUAUGUGUUGGUUGAUUUCCGCGAGGACGGCAUGACCCCUUAUGCCACCAUCUGGAGGGCUGGUUUGGAAGAAUACAAGGUGUAAAGCAUCCUUUGGACUACACUGGAUGUGAUGAGCAGCUUCCGAGGGAGAAGCAUGACCUCACGAAGCAAAUGCGAACAAUACCGACACACCAUGGACCUGAAUCUAUGGAGAGUGGUUGAGGUACCAGAGGCUGGGCUGAUCCGAGGCAUUCUGUGCAUAGAAAAGAAUCAAUCCUCCUUGGAUGGAGCAGGAAUAGAUGCAUGAUGAAUGAGAGUUCUACUGGAUCAAGCCAUUACCAUCUCGCAGAACUAACCGUUGAUUUCCUUCUGCUGGUGAUUUUAUCUAGCAUCAGGUCUUGGUGUAAGUGGCAAUGGUACUCGUAGUGCUGUCGCCCACAAUUGCAGCACUCGCUCGUGGCAAUUGGUCCCACUUGCUUUUCGGCCCGCCUACCCAUCUCUAGCCUUUCCCUUAACAAAUAACCGCUGACCCCGCCGUUGGGGCUCAG